AUGCAGGGCUACGUACAGUACGAUUGUAAAGGCUUUCGAACUGGAGGGGAUAGCCACGACACUCCGGGCCUACAGGACUACUGUUACGCAGGUCCAGGGCUUCCGCAGGCCUGGCGGUCGGGGCGAUACCUAUUCCGCUCGGAUGCUCACGAAGCGUCGACGACACCAGCCACCAACUGCUCGCUCGUCGAUACUUUGAUCCUCGGGAAUGGCACCAAGUACGCGCUACAUGGUCUAGAUGAGGACGCAAUUUCUCAGGCUAUCGAGACCGUGGUCAAUGGGACCGUCGAAGCGGCCAUUGAGAAGUUCAAUUUGUCCCAACUCUAG